ACGUCGCUGACAACCAUCACGAGGUAUGAAACUUGCUCCCCUGCCAGCCCGCCAGCAAAUCAUUCUCGCAACUCGUCUCGCUACAGAAACUCUCGAGUGGCGCAAGCGCGCAAUAAGAAGACACGACUGGAAUGUCGCUGCAGAUCUACAGCGACACCAGUGUUGCCCAAAUAUGAUGUUCAGCGGUUACUGAUGCUCACACAGAGACAAUACCUUGACUGCGCCGCUUCAAGUAACGCAGACUGACGCCAGCCCCAAGCGACUCAUGUAUGAGUAGAAUAUCAGGUGUAUCUGGAACGAGAUCGCUUGAUCACCACGACUGCCACUAGCGAUGACUGGUUAUAAUCGCACAAUGAGUUUCUCGGAAAGGAGGGGGAGCAUAAUGAAUGAUGAGAUGACCCUGAACACAAGCAACGGUCCUAUCAACCACAGGAUGGACAAGAUGGUACAACCGAGGCCGAGAGGGCCGCCCACCCCCAGUAUGAACACGCCGGCUCCAGAGUACGACCAGCAGUUGACCGGCUCUCCUCCGCCGCCUCCUACUCCUGCAGCAUCACCAGGACCCUCUCACCCCCAGGCCGACUGGAGCGAAGCCGCCGAAGAUGAGGACUUCUUCCUAGCCCAUGUGCGCCAACACUUCCAGAACUGCUCUGGAUCUGCACGGAAUCGUCUUUUGGCGGAUCUAUUAAAUAUGUGUACGACCCAACAGCUCAGCUUUGUGCAUCAGUUCGUCAGCCCACUGCUCAAGAAGGACCCGUUUACAAGUUUGCCGGACGAACUGUGCUUACGGAUUUUGUCUUUUAUUGACGACCCACAAGUAUUGGCGAGGGCUUCACAGGUCUCGCGGAGGUGGCGCGAUCUCCUGAGCGAUGAUGUGACAUGGAAAAACCUAUGUGUCAAGCACGACUACGGGCGUAGGUUGUCCGAGGUUUACUACGGUGUACCGAACUACGCAACGACUCGUCCUAGUGUGAAUCCUUUAGGCGACUCCGACCAACCGAACCAUAGCUUCCCCGGAGCAUAUCCGACGGCCCAACCCGUGCAUCAAGCGUCCCGGAGUUUUGAUGCUUCAAAUAGACCCAAGCUUCGGUCUUACAAGUCACACUUCAAACAGAGGUAUCUGGUCGAAUCAGCGUGGCGCACUGGCGGUCGUAACACCAUAAAAACAAUCACUCAGGAUGGUCGGGUCGUGACUAGCUUACACUUGACCCCAAAAUACAUUGUUGUGGCUCUUGAUAACGCGAGGAUCCAUAUCUUUGACCGCGAAGGGAAUGUAUUACGGACAUUGCAAGGGCAUGUUAUGGGCGUGUGGGCUAUGGUUCCCUGGGAGGAUAUUUUGGUCAGUGGCGGCUGUGAUCGUGACGUUCGGGUCUGGGAUAUGACCACAGGGCAAUGUGUUCAUACACUUCGGGGCCAUACUUCAACUGUGCGGUGCUUGAAGAUGUCUGACGCCAAUACUGCGAUAUCCGGGUCGAGGGAUACCACCCUUCGAGUUUGGGAUAUCCGAACAGGCGUCUGUAAGAAUGUCCUGGUUGGCCAUCAAGCCAGUGUACGGUGUCUCGAAAUCAAGGGGGAUAUCGUGGUCUCUGGUAGCUACGACGCGACAGCCAAAAUCUGGAGCAUAUCGGAAGGGAGGUGCUUGCACACGCUCACCGGACACUUCAGCCAGAUUUAUGCCAUAGCUUUUGACGGCCAGCGGGUUGUCACUGGCAGUCUCGAUACCAGUGUCCGAGUCUGGGAUGCUCUUUCUGGUGAACCCAUUGCUGUCCUCCAAGGCCACACCUCGCUCGUCGGUCAACUGCAACUACGUGGUAAUACUCUCGUCACAGGUGGCUCAGACGGUUCGGUCAGAGUGUGGUCUUUGGAGAAGAUGUGUCCUAUACAUCGACUUGCUGCACACGAUAACAGCGUUACGAGCCUGCAAUUUGAUGACACGCGGGUAGUGAGUGGUGGUAGCGACGGGCGAGUAAAGGUCUGGGAUGUCAAGACCGGCCAUCUCGUCCGAGAGCUGAUCACUGCCGAAUCCGUCUGGCGAGUCGUCUUUGAGGACGAAAAAUGUGUUGCGGUAGCCAACCGUGGAAGCCGUGUAAUGAUGGAGGUCUGGUCAUUCUCCCCGCCCGAGGAUGCGUACUCUGAGCGGCCAGUCUCUUUCCCUCAAGCUGCAGAAAAGUCGUCGUUGCGACCCUUGAAUGUGGAUUACCGCCGAUCCACAUUAGGUCUACCGAGUAUUGCUCCAAGUGAAGACCAAGAUGUGGACAUGAGAGAUGCUGGGCCCUCAACAGCUCCUUCUCACAACACCACGUUCUUCCAUGAUGACUGAAGAUGAUUCAUAAACCCAACUACUUGAUAGGAUUAAUGGUACAUGGGACAAGCCCGCAAAGGAUGGGCCUGCGCAUAAUGCAUCUCGCCUAAAUCAUGAUAUCUUGAGGGCAGCAUUCUUGACGAACAAACAAAUUGCAUGGCUAGGCGUUGGUAACACAAGAUUGGCAUUUUUGGAGCAUCAUGGGUGAUAUGGAUUAACUCUUUUCUUCUUUUUCUUUUUAACCACGAUAGAAGCGAAUGGUUGAGCAUGGCGUGGCUCAAUACGGGGCCCAGGACACGGACAUGGAUACCAGACCUCUUAUGUGAACACGUUGGAAUGCUUUUUCGAACGAUUCUGUUUAAUAGAUUAACAGGAGCGUCUAUGCGACUCUACA